AUAGAGGAAGAACCACUCAGCAAAUCACAACUCGAAGACCUCACCUACCCGUGUCCCCGGCUCAGAGACUUCAUCCUAGACGACAAUCUCCCGGCCUUAGGAUUUCCGCCCGGCAACGGCCAUAUUCGCAAAUUACCUAAAGUUGAUCUUGGUACCCUUGAUGUACUUCCUCUUGAGCUGCUUCAGGGGUUGCUCUCCCAACUUGACUUAUGCACUCUUACGGGAUUUCGACGCGUAAACCGACGAGCCAUAGAGGUUGUGGAAUCCAUCCCUCAAUAUAAAGCGGUCACCACACAUGCACGCAAUGUACUCCGUGGUAUUCUAAGCAUCGAAACAGGGCAGUGGAUCUCCUGUGAAACUGUCUACGAAAAAUUAUGCACGGCUGAAUGUGAACGGUGUGGCGAUUUUGGCGGCUACCUCUACAUCCUCACAUGCGAGCGCGUUUGCUUCCUCUGCUUUUCAGAGGGCAAAAGAUAUUUACCACUGCGGAGUAGCCAUGCGAUUCGAAAAUUUGGAGUCAACCGUCAGAUCCUUAACACGUUGCCUUGCAUGAGGAGCAUACCGGGCACAUACUCACCGAACGAAAAGAAAUGUCACGAGCGGCUCGUCUUGGUAGACUCCGAGUCUGCUUAUCGCGCAGGUAUUACACUUCACGGGUCCUUUAGCGCCAUGGAACAAUAUGUGUCAAACAUAUCAGCUCAAAAAUUGCAAGAGUUCAAUAGGAGAACAUCACAAGCAACGGCGGAGGGAUCUGGACCCACGAGACGCCGCCUACGUCGGCCUCGAACUGAAGAUCUCUUUGAUGGUCGAUCAAGGAAUCCGAUGCGUUUCAUGGCAAUUGUUCGCAUGCCAUGGUUAAACAGAGUCUCCCAAGAGCUGGAGUGGGGUUUUCAUUGCAUUGGA